AUGGACGACCAAUUCGGCGGCAGAACCGACGACGACCUUUUCGCCGACGAGUUUGAGCCCGUUGCCGACGAAGAGCCUCAAGUGUACACUGAGCCUACUCCAGUGCCACUUCCUGUCGCUAAAGAGACUCCCUCACUUGCGAGCCAGUCAUCCUCGACCGCACCCACGCCUGUAGAGACUGAUGCAGCGCUCAAAGCAGCAGCUCCUAUUUCAGCAGACCACAAUGCUGCGGCUUCCACUGAAACAACCUCCAGCACGGCAGCUUCCAAUGCGACAGCUGCCGCUACCUCGGCGCCCUCGCACAAGUCUGGACUGAUGCAAUCACGACAUGCCCAACAACCACCACCCUCAGCGCCACGCGCGCCUCGCAACCACCGCGCCAACAACCAAAGCAACCACAACAAUCAUGCGGCAGUGUCCCCUAGUCCAUCAAGCCCUGCACCACCCUCCUCGACCAGGCACGACUCCCGGCAACACAAGUCCAAUCAUGGCUCAGACGCCCGCACCGGAUCCGGCGCAAACCCACGCACCAAGCUCACCGAGGCUGAGCUAGCCGAGAAAAUGGAGAAAAUGCGCAUUCUGAACGAGGAGAAGACGCGCCGUUUCAAGCGCGAGGAAGAAGACCAGCAGUCCCACGCGAUUGCCAUGGAGAAGGCCUCUGCAGAAUCGCGCAAGCGCCGGCAAGAAGAGGCCGAGCGCCGGAAGAGAGAGGCGACUGAUAAAAAGCAGAUGGAUGACGAGCGCGAGAAGAACAGGCAAAGGAAGCUCGAUGCCUUGGGCGCCCGGGAGAGCAAUUGGGACCAGGGGAAGGAGGAGCGGCUACAGGAAGAAGAUCGAAGACGGGGAACAACCAACUUCAGGGGCGCGAAUGGAGGAAUUCGCGGCUCAGCGAGUGGCAGGGGCGGUGGCUUGUCCGGCAGCCGCUUCGCCGACUCGACUUCAGACUCGGAUUUCAUGUCUGGACGAGGAGGCAGGGGCGGUAGAGGCGGACGAGGACGAGGAGGCCGUGGCGACUACUCCGGCACGCCACCGCCCCAAGGUGCGGCACAUGCAGCGAAGAAGGAGCCCGCCCUCACGCCUGAAGAAUUCCCUGCUUUGCCUUCCUCUUCAGCGUCGACCAAGAAGACUGACUCCGUCGCCAAGACGGACCUCAACUCGCCGACGUCACCACUCGGACAAUGGGACGAUGAAAUGGCUGCCAUGGAUGCGAAGACUGCCGCCGCGACCAAAACUUAG